UUUGGUAUAUUUUCAAAUGAAAAGAAAAUUUUUCCUGUAUUUUACAAUUACUUGGCAUCAUGCUGCCCUUCACAUUAGAAGCAUUUCCCCAUAUUUUUAAAUAGACAAGAAUAAAAAAUUUGAUUAAUAGCAUAUUAUUGUGUAAUUAGAUAUCAUGCAAUUAUUUAACCAAUAUUCAAUUGGCUAUUUAAAUUGUUCCCAGUGUUUUGCUUUUCUGUUCUAAUCUUGCUUUUCUAGUUCUUAGAGAAUUGGUCUGCCAUAAAUCUUUCUACCCAGAAGUAGAAGCUACUUGAAUUUCUUGACCCUAAACCUAGGAAUGAACAAUUCGGUCCUGCUUCUUUGAUUCAUAAUCCCAUUAGCACAUAUUCUGUGAAUCCUAAAACACAAAGUGACAAGGACCUUGAAAUUUUCACUAGGUGCAAAAAUCCUAAAGCUUUUACUUAAAAGGUUUCCAAAUUUAAAAAUAGUCAGUAACCUCUGAUCCCAUAGAAUUCCAAAGUUAAUCUUAGCUGUACAGUAACAGACUGGAGCAACCAUCAAAGUUCUGCUUUCCAUCAUGAAAUACCAAAUUCAAAAUAUGUUAACACUGAUGUAACAAUAAUAUACUAUCCGUAUUCCAAUUUCACCAAUGCCCUGUAAUGGCCUUUAUAACAAUUUCACCUCCAAUCUAGGAUCCAAUCCUGGUUUAUUUAGUUGGUCAUUACUAAUGUUUCUUGGUCUCAUUUAUUCUUCAGUAAAUUUUUUCGAGUAAUUGAUUUCAUAUAAGUUAUCAAAUUAGUUAGCAUAAAAUUGUUCAUAAUAUUCCCUAAUUAAUGUCAACUGGAUCUAUAAUAACAAGCCCACUUUCAUUUUGAGUUGUUAUUUGUGUCCUAUCUUGUUUUUAUUUAAUCCAUCUAGGUUGUAGUUUAUCCGUUUUUUAGCUUUGCCUUCCUUAAAAAUUAUAUUAUUAUUCAUCAUUCAGUUUGAAAUAUUUCCUAAUUUCCAGUGUGAUUUCUUUUUGACUCAUGACUUAUUAUCUAUCUAUCUAUAUAUACACACACAUAUAUAAAAAUGUUUGAUUUUCAAAUAUUUGGGAGUUUUCUAGUGUGUAUUAAUAACUGUUAUUAAUUUCUAAUUUCAUUGAGAAUAUAUGAUUUCAAUAUUUUUACAUAUAUCAAGAUUUUAUGGUCUAACUUAUGGCCUAUCUUGUUGAACAUGCCAUGUACAUUUGAAGUUGUUGAGGCGAUUAGGGUAAGGUCAUUAUAGUGUUCAAAUCUAUGCCUUUACUGAUUUUUUUCAAGUUUUCUACCAAUUGUUAAAAGAGGGAUUUAAACACCUCCACUCAUGGUUACGAAAUUGUCUAUUUUUCCUAUUUUUUUUUCUGUCAAUUUUUGCCCCAUAUAUCUUGAAAUCCAUUAUUUGGAUUUAUGAUUUUUAUGACCUUGUCAUAUAGAUAUAUGAUAUUUAUAAUCUUUCAUUACUACUUUAGGUUUCUUAUGCUUACUGUUGCAUGGUAUGUAUUUUUUUCAUUUACUUACUUGAAUUCCGUUAAUGUAAACUACAUUAAUAAUUUUUCACCACAAUCCAGACUCUCAGUAAUCCUUUCCUUGCUUUUGUUUAAAUAUUUACUCCGAAAGUGUGGCCUAUAGUUUUAGUUCAGCAAAUAUAAAUUUGUAAGAUUUAUUUAUGUGUAUUUAUGACUAGUUUCUAACAACAUUAUGUUUAUAAGAUUCAUCCAGGUUAUUGCAUGUCAUUGUAAUUCAUUUAUUUUUAUUCUCUAGAAGAGGAAUUGCUGGGUCAAAAGUUAUUCAUAUUGUCACAUUUAUUAGACAUUGUCAAAUUGCUUUCCGAAGUGGUGGUACCAAUUUAUAUUCCCUUAGUAUGGCUUCAGUCUGAGUGAUUUGCUUCCUAACUAACUCUUAUUUUUAGAAUUUUUAAUUUUUGCCAACCUUAUAGGUAUGAAAUAUACCCCAUAAUUUUAAUUUGCAUUUCUUUGAUAAUAAAUGAGUUAAGCCUUUUCCCAUAUACUUAUGCUUGUGUCUCAUUGUCUGUUAAGUACCUGUUUAAGACUUUUUCUCAUAUUCACCUGAGAUUUUUAGACAUUACAUUUUUAGGAAUAUUUUAUGUAUCCUAGUUAAUAAUUCUUAAUCAAUUGUAUCUGUAGCAUAAGUCUUGCAAGGUAGUAGCUUGUAGUUUUCAAGUAUUUUAUGGAGUAUUUGACUGAUCAGACUUCCUUAAAAUUAAGUUGAAUUUACCAGUAGUUUCCUUUAAGUUUGUACUUUUUAAAUGCUCUUAUCAUCUCAAAAAAGAUCCAAAACUUUUAUAGAGAUAGUCCUUUUAUUGUUGUGUAAAAUCCUACCAACACUCCAUUCUAUAGCUAUUUCAAGAAACUGUGUGAAUUAGUUGAGGAGGAUUAGUGGGAGAUUUGGUGCUCCCCAAAUUCUGAAAGUGGGGCUUGAGUAUUUUAUUACUCAUUACUGUGAUCACAUUUGUAUUUUUCAGCUUUUGUUGUCUCAGGAAAGAAAACAUUUGCAAAUGCAGAUCCCUUCAGAAGUUACCUUGAGUAUUUUAUUGCAGAAGAAAAAUAUGCCCUAAUGGUACCAAUAGGGGUCAAACAACUUCUAUAAAGAAAAUUACUAAAAUAUGUUUUGCUGAAGAUAUUCCUGAAGAAUCAUUCCAGGUGCCACACUAAAAAAAUGAUCCAGUUGACAGCUACCCCUGUGAGUGCACUUGUUGAUGAGCCAGUGCACAUCCAAGCUACAGGCCUGACUCCCUUUCAGAUGGUGAGUUUUCAGGCAUCACUGGAAGAUGAAAGUGGAAACAUGUUUUAUUCUCAAGCCCACUAUAGGGCCAAUGAAUUUGGUGAGGUGGACCUGAAGCAUGCUUCUUCACUUGGAGGGGAUUAUAUGGGAGUCCACCCCAUGGGUCUCUUCUGGUCUCUGAAACCUGAAAAGCUAUUAACAAGACUGUUGAAAAAAGAUGUGAUGAAUAAGCCUUUCCAGGUCCAAUUAAAACUUUAUGACUUAGAGUUAAUAGUGAACAAUAAAGCUGCCAGUGCUCCAAAGGCCAGCCUGACUUUGGAGAGGUGGUAUGUGGCACCUGGUGUCACACGAAUUCAGGUUCGAGAAGGCCGCCUUCGAGGAGCUCUCUUUCUCCCUCCAGGAGAGGGUCGCUUCCCAGGGGUGAUUGAUUUGUUUGGUGGUUUGGGUGGGCUGCUUGAAUUUCGGGCCAGCCUCCUAGCCAGUCGUGGCUUUGCCUCCUUGGCCUUGGCUUACUUUAACUAUGAAGACCUGCCCGCCAAACCAGAAGUAACAGAUUUGGAAUAUUUUGAGGAGGCUGCCAACUUUCUCCUGAGACAUCCGAAGGUCUUUGGCCCAGGCGUUGGGGUAGUCUCUGUAUGUCAAGGAGUACAGAUUGGACUAUCUAUGGCUGUUAACCUAAAGCAAGUCACAGCCACGGUACUUAUUAAUGGAACUAACUUUCCUUUUGGCAUUCCACAGGUGUAUCGUGGUAAGAUCUAUCAGCCCUUUCCCUAUUCUGCACAAUUAAUAUCCACCAGUGCCUUGGGGUUACUAGAGCUCUAUCGCAUUUAUGAGACAACUGAAGUUGGGGCCAGUCAAUAUUUGUUUCCUGUUGAAGAGGCCCAGGGGCAUUUCCUCUUCAUUGUAGGAGAAGGCGAUAAGAUUAUCAACAGCAAAGCACAUGCUGAACAAGCCAUAGGACAGCUGAGGAGACAUGGGAAGAACAACUGGACCCUGCUAUCUUACCCUGGGGCAGGCCACCUGAUAGAACCUCCCUAUUCUCCUCUGUGCUGUGCCUCAAUGACCCGCGAUUUGAAGUUACACUGGGGAGGAGAAGUGAUUCCACACGCAGCUGCACAGGAACAUGCUUGGAAGGAGAUCCAGAGAUUUCUCAGGAAGCACCUCAUUCCAGAUAUGACCAGUCCACUCUAAGAAGACUAAAUAUUCCUAGAAAAUAAAGAAGCAAAUCUCUUUACCAGGACCUUCUCUCAAUUUUCAUGGCGGAAUGUCUCCCCCAACUGCCAUAUACAUUUUGUAUUAAUUUUAAUGAUUAAAAAGAGCAUAGGGUAAAAACCUGAUAUUUCACUUAUACUGCAUAACAAGCUACCAAACUGGACAUGGUGGAUAAAUCAUAAAACAAAUCACUUUACUUAUUAUUUACAUGACUUUUCUUUCCAUCAGGUCUUCUAAAUAGGACUGAGGUAUAGUACACUGGCAAAAAUAAGAAAAGGCAAACAAGAAUAGCACCAAAGUAACAGAUACCUAAAACCAAAUACCAUGUCAGAACACACUAUAUAGUAAGAAUUCAUCGGAUUAGAGCAGCAGGAGAAAGGUAAUACUAAAUUAUAAUCAUUUUAGUGAUAUUUUUCAACUUCACCACAGUAACUUUGCAACAUCAUUUUUCAUUUGUGGGGCAGUAAAAUUCAUGUCAAAAAGGAAAGAAGGAAUGGAGGAAGUCAGUUAGUUCAUUGCAAUAAAUUACUUCUUCAGUUCUUAAAAACAUGCCCACUGGCACAUAAUUGAGACAUAAUCACUAAGACUAGAAGAGACUUGGUUUAAGUUAUGAAGCAAAUUAAAAUGGAAAAGACAAGAAAACAGAACCAAUGAGGUUGAAAAUGCCCCUUACUGAAAAUCUGUAUUAAAAAUAAAAUUAAUAAAGUAAAAAAUAAAUAUAGAAACACAACUCUGCUAGUACAGACUAACCUGGGGAGUUUGAUGAACUGAGUGAUUGGGUCGACUGUCACUGUACUUCCAUAAUGAAUUUCUUCAGUCAUGUUAGAGUUGCACAUGAAUGUGAGCUCUAUAAGGACAGGUACUAUAUUUUCGUAAGCCCCAAAUAGUUACUGUACAUCCAAUAAGUAAAAAAUACUUUAGUUUGAUAACCAACAAAAUAUAUGAAGACUCCAUGUAAUUCAACCACAUGAUUGUUUGUUGUACAGUCCUUUGCAAAUAUUAAAACAUUUUUUUGCUAUAAGGCUUUGAUCAUACAGUUCUCAUAGCAACAUAACUACCAAAUAGCAUGUACCACAUUUUGCAAGCCUUUAAGUUCAACAAUCCAAACUGUCAAUUUGUAUUUUGUACAAAUGCAGUAUCCUUGAGGAAUAUAGUGUGCCAGUUAAAUAUCUAGAGACAUACAAACACCUGCUAAUUCAUCCCACUGAGAUGGGUCAUUCUGAUCUCCAUCAUCAACCCGCUUUUCAUCAUCUCCUGCUUCAUUCUCCUCAUAGUCUUUAUCAUGAGGGAUUCUGUAUCCUGUCUCUCAUCUAUACUUUCUUGCCUUCCUGGCUGUGAUUUAUUUGUACAGCCCACACAAAAACCAUAGGGUCAAGAUCCAUGUCUUACUCCAACACUGGCUGCUAACAUGAUCUUCUUACAUACCAUACAUUUGCAUUUUUAUCCUUCUUAUGCACCAAGAAAUGUUUUCUUUCAUGUUUUCUUCAAGUGUAAAAAAAUCACAGCUAAAUACUCAUGUAUGAAUAAGCAAGUGCCUUUUUAGUGUUGCAUUUGGCUGCAUAGCUACAAUGAUGGCAUUUUAACUUAUUCAUGAUUAGAGAUGAUGAUAUGGUUUGGAUAUUUGUUGUGCUCAAAUUUCAUACUGAAAUGUAAUCCCCAGUGUUGGAGAUGAGGCCUGCUAGGAGAUGUUUGGGUCAUGGGGGUGAACCCUCAUGGCUUGAUACUGUCCUCAUGAGAGUGUGAUAGUGAGUGAGUUCUCAAGAGAUCUGACUAUUUAAAAGUGUAUGGCACCUCCUCCCCGCCCUCACACUCUUUCUUGCCUCCUCUCUCACCAUGUGAGAUGCCUCCUCGCCGUUCACCUGCUGGCAUGAUUGUAAACUUCCUGAGGCCUCCCCAGAAGCCAAGCAGAUGCAAGCAUCAUGCUUCUGUAAAGCCUGCAGGACCAUGAUCCAAUUAAAUCUCUUUUCUUUAUAAAUUA